UUUCUCACUAACUUUUCGGCAGCUUGUCGGUUCACAUGUUCAUUGCUAAACCCAAAUGAUGCUAUACAGCUUGGUAGUAGCGGUCUUAUUGGUGCAUACUCAGGCAUCUCUUCCCAAAGGUGAAAAUUCGGACGGCAGUGUAGAUAUCUAUCCAUACGUGAUCCAGUCGUUGCGCGAGCUGAAGUUGAAACGGUUGGAAAACGUUGAUCCAGAUGGCGUCCAACGUGCAUCCAGUGUGUGCUACGACGAGCUGGGCUGCUUCGACAAAGACGGCACUUUCAAACACUUGAAGCAGCUACCGGAGCCUCCGGAAUCUGUGAACACUCACUUUCUGCUGUACACCAGGAAGAAUCCCCAUAAGCCCCAGAUCAUGGACUAUACGAAACCAGAAACGGUGAAAAAAAGUAACAUCAAUCCAAAAGCGCCCGUUAAGUUUAUCACGCACGGCUUUGGGGGAAAAAAUAAUUUAACGUGGAUCUGGCAAAUGAAAUCGGCCCUUCUGGAAAAGGAAGACGUAAAUGUGAUCGUUAUCGACUGGAGCCUUGGGGCCCGCGUUCCAAACUACAUAGCUGCAGCCGUGAAUACGGAAUUGGUUGGUGCUCAAGCAGCCGUCCUCUACUACAUCAUCAAGGAUAAUUUCGGGAUUCAAGAAAAAGAUCUGCACGUCAUCGGGUUCAGCUUGGGAGCUCAGGUCGUCGGGUUCAUAGGGAAACGAAUGAAGGAGAUGAGAGGCACGAGACCUGGAAGAGCAACAGGCCUGGAUCCUGCAAGUCCGCUCUUUGAGGAUUACGAAGAUGUGCACUUGUCAAAGGAGGAUGCAGAUUUCGUAGACGUCGUCCACACCAACGCCGACAGUCUGCUGUAUGGUGGCGUAGGAAUGGGGAAAGCAGUUGGCCAUGUGGACUAUUACCCCAACGGUGGCAAGAGGCAACCAGGAUGCAAAAGUACUAUUGGGGGACUUUUUAACGACAUUUUCACUGGAGAUAAUGCGAAACUCUGCAACCACCAGCGAGCAGCAUAUCUCUUCACGUCCAGCAUCCGCAGCGAGAGGAACUGCCAAUUCACGACUUACAAGUGUGACGACUAUGAGACCUUCCAGAAAGGCGAGUGCCUCAGCUGUCAGAAGGACAGUUGUGGAAAGAUGGGUUACAAGGCAGAAGGGUCCGGAACUUACUAUCUGGUGACAAAGGCAGAGCCACCCUAUUGUACUGAUAUCAUGAAGCUAAGCGUUCGUUUUUCUAAGGACAUUAAGAAAUCUUAUGGAGUGAUUGUUCUGACUUUAACUGGACCUGAUGGUCAGAAAGAAAACAUAACAUUACCUGGAAAGAAUGACAAAUUAACUCCUGGAGAUGAAAAGGUUUUAAUAAUGGCCCUGGAAGAGAAGUUUACACCUAUAAAAGAAGUAACCGCCUUAUACAUGAAAAAAAGCGGAUGGCUGGCAAAAGGGACGGAUACAUUUAGCAUUGAAAUUGUCUCGUUUUUAAACAGCCGAGGAAAAUACCUUUUCAAAACCUGCACAGAAAAUAUAGUUUUAAAUGACAAUGAGUAUAAAACUUUGAAGCCCUGUUGAAGCUUGAGUUUAUUUUCAAUGAACAAGCUGGCCAUUUCCUCAAGCUGCUGGUUUUCCAAAUUUAGCACUGCAUUGGUGCACGAAGUUUCUGUAAAUGGAAUUGAAGUGACAU